AAUGCGAUCCCGACAGUGGGCCUGAGGCGCUCCGCGCACGCCCGCCCGCGCGGCACACGGUGGUCCUCCGCGUGGUCCACACCGGACUGUUCGGGAGCGUAGACCCGGAUUUCAUGCGGAACGUCCGCGGUCGACCGAAUGCUGAGGUCCAUUUGGCAAAGAUCCGUACGCCGGUGUGCAGUAACCAAAGAACUGAAGUAAGGAUGAGAAACGUCCCGAGCAUCUGUUCUUCGCGGCCCUCUUCGCCGAGAAGGCCGUCAGCGGAGAGUGGAGCAAGUUCCUCACCGACCCCUGAAGUAAAGGGACGGCGUGGGACGGCUCUGGACGUGCAGGCGGGCUUCUCCAGGCAGCAGGCCUGCUCCAGGCUGGCGAACGGGUCUGCGUGCAUCUGGGGAGCAGAGGGCACCCCUGGGCUCAUGGCUACAGGGAGGAUGGUGUGAAUGUUCGUCCCCACCCCCACCCCCACGCCCACGCCCACGCCCCCUCCGGCCCCGUCACCCUGGGAGCAAAGUCUACUUUCACUUGGGAGAAACAGGCCUGGGCUCGCCCUCACCUGCUGCAAGCGCCCCGGGGCCUUUCCCUGUCGACCGGGGAAUGGCAGCGACGCCCCCCGUGCCCUAGGGGGCGAGCGUAGGGCGCGGAAGGUCGGCCGCGGCUCCCUUCAGGGACGGGGGACGGGCGCGGACCUCCAGGGCGCGCAGGACUGAGGGGCCCUUCCUCCGAGCGCCCCCCGGGGGCUCCCGCGAGCCGCGCGUGCACACACUGACCGGCAUCUAGGAGCACGGAGGGUCUGCUGCGUCUCAUUAGCCGAGGCGCGGCUCCCGCUCGUUGGCAGAGCCCGAGGGCGUGCGGACACCCGCACCGAGGCCCGUGCCGAGCCCGGCUCCUACCUGCACGGGCGGAAGCGCAGCCCGUCCCAGGCGGGACGCUGUAGGGUGACAGGAGGCACCUCGGGCCCCGGGCGCGGUGCCCCUCACGCAAGGGUGAGCAGGACAAGAAGGUGUCCCCGGGUCAGCAAAAGCGAGCAGUCGGAUCUGGGGCUCGGAGCAGCUCGCGGUGCCCCGCGGGGACAGGGCCUUGCACGCCCGCCGUCCCUCCCCCUCCCCGGCCCCGGGCGCCGCGUGGGCUCCGAGCCGCGCGCAGGACGCCCGGGGGAGAGGCCUCCCGAGUAAGAAGGGAUAGAGGCUUCCACGGCAACCGCGUCUAGCCCGGGGUGCUUUCGGCACCACUACCUCCGUAUUAUCCAUGACAGCCAAGUAUGAAAGCAACCUGUGUCCCUCAACAGAUGAAUAAAGAGAAUGUGAAAAGAAAAAGGAUACAUUUCUUCUUCUCUAAAAAGUCUUCUUGUGUUUAUCUCAGUACUAUCCUAUUAUCUAGGAAUAUAAAGAUGAAAAGACCUGAUCCCUGCCCACCAUUUACCCAGGAACCAUCUGGAUGGCAGAUCGUUCAACCAUCUCUUUCUUGAGUUGUCUGCUCUGCCAUUAUCUUCCACUCAUUUCUGCUUCAUUGUGUGAUUCACUGAAAGAAAGUGGAGUAGAAUCAAUUAAAGUCCCCCCUGACACGGUGCAAUUAUCCAUUAACGGUUGUAAUGUGGAAAAGAUCGCAUACAAUGAGAAGGAUCUUCCAAGGCUAAGUGUACUCAAUCUCUCCUCUAAUUGUAUCAGGACUUUGCCAGAUAAUGUUCUUUUACCUCUGAAAAAUAAAUGCCUAAAAGAGCUUCCAAGAUUACUUUUAAACUAUACCCUGCAAGGAAUUACAUUGGUCUGCGCCUGUGAAUUCAUUGAGGGCUCUGCCAUACGGCUGAACAACACUGCCUGUGUAGAAAUGUUGAAAAGCUGUGGAAACACAUCAGUGACCACUUCUAUAGGAAUUUGCCUUCUUUUCCUUUUGUUGAUUUGUGGAAUUGGGUGUAUUUGGCGCUGGAAGCACCGUGACCUGGUGCAAUUUACCUUACCAAGGUUCUUGCAAAGGAGGAGCAGCAGGAAAAAAAACUAUACUAAAACACUCUCAAGUCCCCUUGCUGUCAGCUCAAGACAUAAAAUCUCAGUUCAGACCCAAGACUACAAAUCUUCUGGGAGAGGGACUAACUCACAUGACAACUAUGAGAAUGUGGAAAGUGGUGCUCCCAAAGCUAAGGAAGAAACCAAUAACGAACUAUAUGAGAACACUCGGCCGACCAGUUUCGAGGAGCACAUCUAUGGAAAUGAGAUGCUGUUUCAAUAUUGUAACUUCCAGAAGCCUAGUACUCCCGAAGUCCCUCAAGAUGAAGACAUAUAUAUUCUUCCAGAUUCAUAACAACUUUUGAAAAUACUGGGUUUAGUUAUUAGAGGAUAAACAUUCACUGGGACUUCCAUUGUACUAAUGUCCUUCAGAUGAAACUCAGUGAUCUUUCAUCUGUCUCCACCCUCCUGAACCUUCUCUCUGUGUAUCACUGUGGAUUAAUUCCAGAUAUCCUCUUUGCUCACCUUUCCCUAGAUUAACUCUGUUUUAUGUUACAUUGAUUCUUCCUUCUAAAUGUUCCAUUAUUUUCUUCCUCUUAUUUCUAGCUCUAUCAUCUCCUUCUGGCUCAAGAUCUUUGUCAGUCUUCUAACUAGUCUUUCUGGCUCUAGUUUCUACACAUUCAGUCAGUUCCCAUGAUGCUGCCAAAUUUGUCUUCAGAAAAUACUCCCAAAUGCCACAACAACCCUUUGCUUAACACCUCUUAGUGAUCCUUUUUACAAAAGAUAUACUGUUUAUAAUUUUAACUCCAGAAUUUACAAUUUCCCACAGUUGGUUCCAUUUUACUUUUCCAGUGACUUCUACUAAUUUCUCACUACUCUGCUUUCAUCUGAAUACCUGCCAGACUCAUCCCUCAUCCUUAGCUUUGCUUGUCUGCCCUCUUUCAAGCCUGCCUCAGAUGCAACUUCUUCCCCAAGUCUUCUGAAUUAUUCCAAACUUAUCUUUCCCUUUUCCUUUUCUGAUUUCCUGUAGAUUUUGCUGCCUAUUUAAUUGUCUGCAUUUAAACAUAUGAAUGUUUUCUAUAGCAUUUUAUGAUUUGCUCUCAUAUGAGAAUGUCUUAAAUUCCUUAGUAAAUAGUAAGGAAUUGCCUCAUAUUCAUAUUUUAGUGCUCCACUCUUUAGACCAUCGUAUGAGGCAUUUGGUAUUGUUCAAUUGACAAGGAAUUAAAUUGUACAUUUUUUCACUAGUUUUGAGAAAAAUCUAAUAAAUUCAUCCAUUCAAGAAAUAUUUUUUGAGUACCUUCUGUCUCCUUUUACUGUACAUGGCAGGAGUAAAACAGCAAAAAGUAAGGCAUGGGCCUUGAACACAUAUUGUCUAGCAGGAAAGAAAAGGCAAUAAAUAAAUCCUGUGCUGCUUCUUAAGUGAUGAUAUCUUACCCCUGAACUCAGCCUUUUUUAAUGUGCUGCUCUGAAUCUCUCAGGCUGAGGCUCUGCAAACCACAGUUUUUCCUUUGCCAAGUGGAUCCAUAUUAGGUUCUCUGUUCAUAGGGAGCAGUGUGGAAGACUGGUAGGCAGUAGAAUCAAAAGGGGCUUGCUCUUUUUCUCUCUCCUUAUUGUCCCAGCAGGUAACCAUUGCCAUGGAAUUGACUACAGCAUCACCAAUUGUUGGCAGUUUCUAGUUUCUUUCAUUCCCAGAACCGACUUGGAUGCCCCCAGUCUGAGGUAGCAGUACCAGCCAGGUAACUCCUUCUCCUUGGAAUCUGUAAAGCAGCUCCUCAGCCUCCUCUGAGGCUCUGAGGUAUGGGCAGUGUUGAAUGGGACAGUCAGAGCUCCAGAUCCCAGCCCCAGGUGUGGAGCCAUCUCCUGUACUAGCUCUGCGGCACCUCAGUGUCCUCUUUUCAUCUUCCCAAACAAGUCCUUUUUGCUAAUUCUCUACAUUAAAUUCUCCCUGUUAAAACAAACUGGUAUGGUUACUAUUUCCCCAGGCGGACUCCAAUAUACAAAUAAAAAUGAUUGAGUAGGUGCUUUGAAGAAAAAAAAAACUUUCUGUUUUUGAGAGCAAGGGGCUUGGGUAGGAAGAAUUCUAAUAAGAUGAUCCAAAGAGGCCUCUCUAAGGACACACUUAGCCUGGGACUUGAGAGUGAAGGAGUUAACCAUGCAAAUGUGAGAUGGGCAGGAAUGGGACCAGCAUAUGAAAAUCUUUCGCAUUUAAUUGACACUAUGGUGGCUGAAGUGCAGCUCUAGUCUCUGGAGAAACAGCCACAGAAAUUAUGGAUGGACUCAGUAAGUGUGUUUGGUAAGGGAGAGUUAAGAUUGUGAGGUUAUGGGAAACAGAAAUCUAGAAGAGCCACCUUAUUUCUGGCUGGAGCUUCAGGGGCAAUUAUGAAACAUUUCAAUGAGAUGAGGAAGACUUAGUGAGAAAACAGUUUUGGAGGCUUCCAAAUGUACACCUUCCUUAAUUUCAAAUAAUGCGGACAUUGAAUUGAGGCAUUUGAGGGGUAGCAUACUAGGCUGAUAGUCCCCUCAGAGAUCCAUGUUCUUUCUCCAUUUCCUGUCAUCUUUAGUGCUGUAACUUUCAUCCUCAUUUGUAUUAUCUCAUGAUCACCAAGUGAUUGUGGAAUGUGCAAACCUUAUGCCUGUGUUCCAGUCCUGAAGAAGGAUGAAAGGAAAAGACAACAUCAGGAAAUACCUAUUUAUACAUCAUUGGCCAGAACUGUUACACAGAUCCAUGGAUACCACCAAGUAUCAGAGUGGUUGGGAAAUUGAAUUGUGACUUUUGAUGGUCUCCUAGGAAAGGAGGCAAGGGAAAACGGCAGUUGUAAAUUGAAUUUAGGUUAAUUAAACUACUACCGAAGGGGCAAAAUCAAUUUUAGACGUGUUUAUUCUGAUGAGUCCUGAGACUCAGGUAGAAAUACCUAGUUUCAGGGGUAUGUACACAUUUGGAUUUUGCAGAAGAGCUCCCAACUGGAUAUGUACUUUUGAGAGCCAUUUAGGUGGCAUCUACAGGAGCAGGGAUUUAUGGGCUCAGCUAGAGCAAAGAGUAGAGGACCAAGGGAAAAAGAAGGAGAGGAAUCCAGAAGUCCCCCCUCAGACUGCGGUAUUUCAAUGCUAGAUCAAUGAGGAGACUCUAGCAAAGGAGACUGAGAAAGAGUGGCCAUUGGGGAAUGCCGCAGAUUCCUAGCUCUAAGAAUGUUGGUUGGUAUUGUGAAACAUGAUAUAUUGACACAUCCAUUAUAGUUCAUUUUCCAGAGAUAGGAUGAAUAUUUGUUUUUUGUUUUUUUAGGAUGAAUAUUUGAUACUUGUGUAUUCUCUUUGGCCAGAAAAGAUGGUAAAGUCUGUGUAAAAGUAUUUAAUCCAUGAUCCCACCCAGUUCCUAUCUUGACUUCUUUUUUAAGCUAAUUGUAAGUUUCUUAUUAGUCGAGAACCUCUUCCUACUCUCCUUCCUAGCAGUUCUUGAUGGAGGUGGGCAAAGGGGAAUAGAAGAGUUUGUCAUUCGCUUCCUCUUUUUACUGUCCAUAACUCCAUUCUUUGUCUUCUCUCUGGUUUUGAUUCCCUCUUCUCUUCCUCAUCCUCUCAUUUCCCGUUCCUCCCUCACUUCUCCACAUCACCCCCCAACUCUGCCUUCUUCUUCUCUCUUCCUCUGAGUCCUUCAAAUUUUUAUUUGCUACCUGCAUCCUUGAUUACAGUAUUUCUCUGCCUUCUUUAAAACCCCAAAAGUAAAAAUGUCCUUGAGAGGUAAAGAUAAUAAAAAUCUGUCUGCAUCUUCUGAGAGCAACAGUUUGUAUUUGUGUUAUAAUAUUAGCAAAAGUGACCACUUACACCACAAUUAAAAGAGGAAGGAUGUCAGAGAUGAGGGAAAGGAGACAGGACCAUCAAAUGUAAUGAGGGUAGCUUUGCUUCAUACUCCCAGAAAUGUAGGCGUGUUCGCAUCCUGUGACUUAGAGCUAAUCUCUGAAGGACUCCAUGGCCAACAUCCAGCAACAGCGAGCACCUGGCUUCUUCGGCUUGCUCUCAGCCCUCAGCUUGAAACAUUUCACUUCACAUACUUUAUGAGUUUUCAUCAAUGAGUGGCAAGCUAUUGAACAAUAUUAAAAUGGUAUUUUAACUCACGUUUUACUUUAGCUGCUGGGAGAACAAUAAAUAUAUCAGAAAAUCACCUUGGCUACUUUUGUUACUGUUAAGACAUGAGGACCUCAAAGCAGAACAAGGGAAAAAGGAGACACUGCUUCUAUUUUUGAGGUCCAAGAGUCACUGACCUUAGUUAAAGUAUUAUGUACUAGAUUAUAAUCAUCAUCAGUUUUCUCUGCUCUGGAGUCAAUAAGAAGCUUCCAGGUAGAAGGAGGCUCCCUAAAGACAUCAGAAGACUGUUUGGAAUUUAAAAAUACUGUUUGCGGAAACUAAGCUCUACUGUCCCAAGAAGUGAAUGAAGUAUGGUCACUUAAUCGGAUGUUAGCAUCAGAGUGGUGCUCACCUCAUAUAAUCUUCUGAAAGAGUUUGUAUAGAAUUGGUAUUUCUUCCUUAAGUGUUUGUAUUAGUGAGGCUCUAUGGGCCUGGAAUUUUCUUUGUGAGAAGAUUCAAAAAUACAAAUUCAAUUUCUCUAAUUGAGAUAGGAAUAUUAAAUUGUCUAUUCUUGAAUGACCUCUGGUAGUUGAUCUUUCAGGAAAUUUGUCCAUUUCUUCCAAGUUGUUGAAUU